AUGAAUAAUUAUUCAUUUAUUAAAGCUUAUGAUUUGAUGUAUUAUACCUUUAGCUCCUAGCAAUUAUAUCAAAAAGUGAUUGAGUCAGUAAGACGAGUAAGUUAGGUUAUUAUAUUUAGAAAAAAGAGAGGAAAUUUAGGAGCAAAUAAUUAGGAAAACUAUGUAAAGUAUCAUAAGCUUUUGAUAUUCUUAUAUAAGUAAAUUUUAUUCCUUUGUCUAAGGUAUUAAAUGAUAUUGUUUCAGCAACGUUACAAGUAAUAUAAAAUGAAACAUUUUUAAUUAAUUAGAGAUUAAUUCCCAAUAAUUUCGAGUGACUAUGAGUUCUAUUCCUCUCUAAUGGAGAUAUUUAAAAUAAGAGGAGGAAUAAAACACAAAUAAAUUUAUCAUUACAUGCAUUUUAUAAUAAUAUUUAUAAAUUUUAUUUGUGAUGAGAGGCUUCUUUGCCAUUACAAGGGCUUUUAUUGCUCCUGUUGCAAAAUAGACUUUUCAUUUCUCUUCCCAAUAGUCAAAAAUAUAAAUGAGAAUAGUCAUUAACAAAAUAAACCACCUUAUUAGAUUAUCAACUACGAUGUCUGGUUUAAGGAUUGCAAAUCAAUACGAUUUAUCAUUGUUUUCAUUGUUAGAGGAGGCUUAAGGUAAUAUUUAAGAUUUAGUAUUAUUAGGUAAUUUUAUUCUUAUGAAUUUAAGAUGACUCGACUGACUUGGAUAACAGGCAGAUUGGUUUACAUUUAGGAUGUACAGUUUCCAUCUGAUUGGUAAAACAUUAUUAUUAUAAAUAUUAACAAUCUGUAUUAUUCUGAAUUCUUUCUAUUUAUUGAUAAUUAUUACAUUUAGUAACGGAUUUCUUAGAGAAAAUCUUAUGGUUAUUUUGUAAUAACUGUUGCAUCAAUUGAUUAAACCAUAUCUUAAUUAUUAAAUGAGUUUAUACUCUGUCUUUAUCAACAAAUUGAAUGUGAAAGCAUGAAGAUACUCUUGUAGAAUAGAAUUGUACUCUACUAGCUUUAUUUUCUAAGAACUGUAAUUAAAGUCAUAUUUUUUAAUUCUUAGGUAUAAUAUUGUUUUAUAAAUGUGUGUGAGAAGAGAUUAUUUAUAAAUAUCAAAUAUAUUUAGUUCCCUUAUAAUGAUUUCAUCGUAUUUCAUCAUAUUUCAAUAAUUAUUUUAUUUUUUUAUUGCCUACAUAUGAGUUUUAACCUAUACGAUGAUGUAUAAGAAAAGAAAUCUCAAUUCGAAUAGUCAUAUGAAAACUUCUAAGAAGAUGAUUCUCCGAUGCUCGAUUUAUACCACACCAUUCAUUAAUCUCCUCCAUCAUAAAAUUGGUCGAUAAACAAAGUAAGCACUGGGCUGAGCAAAUGCAUAAGAAAAAUAAAACUCAAAAGGAAAUCAAAGACAAGCUAAUAUAUUGCAGAAGGGCGAAAUAUUUUUAUAUAAUAAGUAGCCACUCUAGAUGAUGCUAGCCAAUUAAAUAAUCAGGAAAAUUCGAACAUCCUUCUCUAAUUAAAGGAUUUAAAGCACAUUAUAAAGAAGUUGAAGAAAUUAAACAUACAAUGA